GUGCGCAUGCGGGGGUCAGGGUUGACAAGCUCCACACAGUCGUGGAAGGAGUGCGGUGGCUAAGCUAACAGUAACCACCGCAACUAGCUACAUGUGGAGGGCAAAACGGGAGGCAUCCCCGACCCCAACUCUGUCCAAAUUCCUCCGUUAUACCCCAAAAUACUCUUAAGUUCAGCCUCAUCGAAAAUAAGGGAUAUUAUCUUUUUACAAUGAAAGGCCGGAUCGAGCUGGGGGAUGUUACGCCCCACAACAUAAAGCAGUUGAAACGCCUGAACCAGGUCAUCUUCCCUGUCAGCUACAAUGACAAGUUUUACAAAGAUGUCCUGGAAGUUGGAGAGCUUGCAAAGCUAGCAUACUUCAAUGACAUUGCAGUGGGUGCUGUGUGCUGCAGAGUGGACCACUCUCAGAACCAGAAGAGACUGUACAUCAUGACGCUGGGCUGUUUAGCACCCUACCGUAGACUUGGAAUUGGUACAAAGAUGCUGAAUCAUGUGCUAAACAUCUGUGAGAAGGAUGGCACUUUUGACAAUAUUUACCUUCACGUGCAGAUCAGCAACGAGUCAGCCAUUCACUUUUACCAGAAGUUUGGCUUUGAGAUCAUUGAAACAAAAAAGAAUUACUACAAGAGGAUAGAGCCCGCAGAUGCCCAUGUGUUGCAGAAGAGCCUGCGCAGCCCAUGUGCACCGCCCAGCGGAGAGCUUCAGAAGGCAGAGUAGGGGCACGGUGUUUGGAAAGAGCACAGCUGUGCCAGCCUCCACAGAAACAGAACUGUGACAAACGCCCCAAGGGUCGACACAAUUCAACACUUUCUUCAAAGGACGCAAAAAGAGAGAAACAAAUUUAAAGUACAAAAAAUGCUGCAUUUAUUUUGCAGGGGGUCCCCUCUGAUUUUUGCAUAUUUUAUUGCUUUGUGUCCUCGUACAGAUAAUUGGAAAACGGCAAAAAGUUCAAAAUUCAAAAGUGCUCCGAUUGACAUGGUGGCCAACUUUAGCGUUGGUGCAAGGGGAGGAUGUGGUGUUUUGCAAAUCAUACUGUUUGUGUUUUGAGUUGUAUUUUCAUGCGGUUAUAAAAGCUAAUUGGGACAUAUCUUUACUGUUGAGCAGAAAUAAAACAGUUGGUUAGAACCUGUGAAAGUGUUUGAAAGACCAUCACCGACACACACAAAAGUACCAGCUGGUCAGCUUGGAGGGAUGCUUUGAGUUGUUAGGUGGGACGGUGACAACUCGAUCCCCUCACCACCUAAACCAUGGGAAUUAUGGGAAAUUAGUCUGACCAGCUUUUCAACGUUAUGACCAGAGGGGGAACGCAGAAAAGUAUCCCCCCAGUUCGGGUGUAAAGAAGGCUGAAGGUGGUGGAUAGGCACGGUCACCACUCAUAGUUUCAUUUUCAAGCCUGUUGAUUUAAUUUCCCAUCAACUGUAAUUCCUAUUUUUUACAUUAAAACGGCAAGCGGUUCAGAGGUUCUCCUGGGUUAACUGGGUUCAGAGGUUCUCCUGGGUUAACUAAGACUGAAAUAAUUCUAGAAAGAAACAAACUUAAUAUUGCAUUCAAGGGGCUUCUGAGAAGGGCACUCGCAUAGUUUUGAUUUUUGAAUUUGACCAUUUGGGAUAUGAUUUGGGCAUUGCUUUCAGUAGUAUAAUAAAGGUUUCUGAGGCUAUCUCUAAAGAACGGUUUUGAGACAUCUUACCAUAAACAUGUUUUGGCACUUUCCAGAAUUUGUCCUCGAUAGCUACCGGCCUCAAACUGCUUCUGUUCCCACACAACACACAGCCCUUUCUGAUAGUUUGGCAAUAUUGGUAUUGUCCCUAAGGAAAGUAUUUAACCCAGAGGAAGCUCUGUCCCCUCUGCAUGCAAGGAGAGUUGUGUCCUCUCCACUGUAGUAUAACGUUAAGCAUGUUUUUUUCCUUUUUUUGAAGAAUUUUAUCUUUUCUGGAGCUCUAUAUUGUAAGACUUUUUAACGUCUAAAUAAAGGAAUUACUAUUUGCAGUAAA